GAUUUGAAUGUUCUUUCAUGCUAAUGUAACUUUGUACAGUACAAAAGGCGCGUGUCCUAUUGUAAGAUACAAUGAACGAAGAUAAGAAGAGUCUGUACUACCCUAUUACCAACCGCCAGCGGUAUCCCUCCAUUCCUCUCGAAAGCGCAGAAGUUACUGCUCCUUCUAACCAAAAUAUUGAACUCCAAUAUCAAAACCAACAGCUUCAAGAGCAAAACAAUCAACUUCAAUCUCAAUACAAUCAGAUUCAAAUUCAGCACAACCGCCUUCAAACGGAGCAUAGUAUCCUUCGAUUGCAAUAUAGUCGCCUUCAAAGCUAUUUCAGUCUUCGCCAAAAUGCUCUCGAACGUAUCUCCCUAAUUUCGAAGGUAUAUCACGCUGCCAAUUUGAUUGAACACGAUGAGGAAAAUGACGAUUCUCUUACACAUGCUUCCUCUGCUGACCGUAGUCUCUACGAUACAUCAAGAUCUCAAAAGAUUGAACCCGCUAUCAAGGAAGAACGUCAGAUUGCACCUUUUAUCAAGGAAGAUCGUCAGAUUGCACCCCUUAUCAAGGAAGAAGUUAUCGAAGAUGAUAACUCCCGUCCUACACCUGAUCGUGGAUAUUCUCCUAGUCCAGCAGGUUUCUCCGAUGAAGAAAUAGAGGAUGAAGAUUAUGAACCUAUUCCCGCACCAAUUGCACCCGCUACCGUUGCUCGAGCUACUGCUGGUCGAGCUAUUGCUGCACCGGCCACUGUUGCACCUCACGAGCUUAGGUUUUCCAGCACGAAGGAUCGUGAAGAGAAUAUGCCAAUCUACCAUCGCAUGGAGUUUGCAUAUUGUGAAAUCUCCAUGACAAAAGAAGAGUAUUUCCAUGUCAAAGGUUUUAAUUAUGAUGCGCCACAAACAUCUUCUAUGCCAAACACGAAUGAUGAUCAAGAUCGCAAGCGCAUUCGAAUCACCUGGACCGAGAGAGAUAGACUCAACGAUUGGCGUGUCAGAAAUCACCGCAAGAAACAUGAACUCCGCGGAGGUACCAAAUAUGCUGCUGCCAGAGAUUAUUGGAGACUCAAUCCCCCUUUCACAGUUCAGCCACGCAAAGCCAUCGACUGGAACAAGAUAAGAUGAAACAUCCCUACCUUUUGAGUUGUCUUUGGUAUGACAGUUCUAGCCAUAAUUCGAGAUGAUUGUAUGCAUGAUUUCAGAGGAAACA